UGGCGGUGGCUCCUGUUUACACGGACUUUUCGUUCCUGCAUUGUUUGCGUAUGGAAAAUAAGGGGGAGUGACAAAAAAAAAAAAAAAAAAAAAAAAAAGAAAAGAGGAAAGGGAGAAGGGAAGAGGGAGGCACUGAUCGCAGUGCAAAGCAGGAACCUUGCCCCUGCCUGAUCAUUAACCUUGCGGGAAAAGGCCGCUGGCUCCCCAGCCUGUCACGGGCAUGUGAGCCGGGCGGGGGCGGGGGGGGCUGCGGGCCGCGCCGCCGGACUCUCACACCCACGCGGGCCGGUAUUCUGUGCGUGUCUUCGCUUCUGUACCCCUACACGCACCCUCAGAGAGCGCCUCUACGCUGGCCGCAGACAUGAGACUCCAGCUGCUCCUUUGUAUCGUGUUUUUCCUCCUGGGGAGCCUCCUCCCUGCCGGGGGGCAGAGGCCAGCCAACCUGGCCCUGCGCAGGAAGCUCCACCGGCACGGCUGCUCGCACCGGCGCUGCAUGCCGCUCCACUCCCGGGUGCCCUUCCCCUGAGCCCCGGCGGAGCGCGGGCCAGCAAUUUCAUAAUGGACUUUUUAGUGUUUUAAAGGAGCAACAAUUAAACCGAUGGAGAAGUUAGAAGUCCAGAUCAACAACAGCUGACCUGAUAGAGCCACCAUCAUCCCAUCAUCAGCUGUCCUGCCUGUCACAUUCUGCAAGAUCUGGAACAAAGGCCCUGGCUCACACCCUAGGAAGGGGGGGGGGAAGAACCAGAGGGUGGUGUUUGAAAUAUUCCCUAUAAAUUCUUUGGCUCUCAUAACGACGAGCAGAAGUUAAAGACCAAAUCAAACAUCAGGUGCCUGAGAUGGAUUUCCAGUGGCAUUAUGAAGGAUCUGUCCAAGGGGACUCUUAACAGUCUGUGCUAUUCAGACUGCGAGAAAUUGGACGUGCUGUUGACUACUCAGUUCAGGCUGUGUGCAGGACAGUAUUUAGGGUAAAAUAAUGUCAGACUCCAGCACAGAACUGUGAAGUCCAUUUUUUGUUUAUACUUUUAUAUAUUAAUAAUAUAUGCAUACAUGUUUUAACACGUAACGUUCAUCUUUAUGGCAUUACCUGAAUAAUAACGUAGAAUGUAUUACUGUAGUAGUACCAAACUGGGCACCACACUAGUGGUCCUACUGGCUCCGUGUAUAGUAGGCAUAGUAAGAGUUCACGAUAUAAGAAAGCAAAGGGAGUAUUAUCCCUCAUUCUAUAGAUAGAGAAUUGUAGCACACAGAGAUAAGAGAUUAGCCAAGGGUCAUGCAAAACUGAUAACUCAGAUCUCUUAAGUCAGGCCUUAAGGUCAAGCCCAUCCUCCCGUCUAAUGAGCUGUUACUGCAAAGCCUAUCAUUUGUUUUCUUAAACUGGGCUGCCAAACCAGACAGCUAAAACAUACUUGAAAAUUCAGUACUAUAGAACUAUUUGCUUAAUAGUAGUUUUCCUAAAAUACCCGCUACAGUAUUAUAAAUAGAGCAUAAAAAUAGACCAUUGAAAAGAAACCUUUGUUUGGUCAACCCCAGUGUUGCGUAGUACUCUAUUCCUGUAAUUUAAAUGAAUGGGAUAUUUGGAACACGGCAUACAAUGAAUGAGAACUUCAAACAGAAAACAGGCAGUUCUUUUCAGCACUGGAGGUCAAGAAUACAUUGAGCUUUUAGUUUACUUUUUGUCUUUAAAAAUAUAUGCUUCUCAUCUCCUUUUUCUAUCAGCAGAAAUUACAAACCCACAUACAAAGCGAAGCACAGUAGCCCUUUCAUUAGCAGAACUAAAACAAACCUGAAAAUAAGUCAUACCCAGAUUUUCAAGUCACUGCACCGGUCUUGAAAUGUCUACAUUUUUUUAAAAUUUCGUAAAAAUGAGCAAAGAUUAGCAGCGUCCCAUUUUAAAUCUACUAUUACAAUUUUGUCCUGCAACACAUAGUUUCUAAUAAGUGAAAGAACAGUCGUCAGGAAAACAAUUAAAAUUUAAAAUCACACCCUAUUCUGGAGCUUUGGAAAAUAAUCAGUGCCAUAAAAGAUGGUCAAAUUUGUCUAUACCAACAAACAGCCCUGCAGGUAAACCUCUGGAGUUUUCAAAAAGGCAGUUUUCCAAAAUGAGAGGCAUAUUACCACUCAUUUUGUUUUUUUAAUUAUUUAUUUCACUUGGCUUUCACGUGCAUCCAUGGCUAUCUCUGUUAAAAAGUACAGGCAAAGAGUAUGGAAAAGCAAGAAGGGUGGAGAGCACCUAUUUAACAGUUUUGUCUUACAAAUAAGUACAUGGAUUUAGCAUUGCAUUGGAUAUUUUAUGUAACCAUAAGUAUGCAAUUAACUUUGAUAAAAUUGUAAGAAAAAAUAUAUCAGAGAUCUCUAUAUGCGUUUUCCCUUACGGAUGUAAAAAAAUAAAUAAAACAAGAACUAAAGUGUCCUAGGAAGCCCGGUGUCUGUUUGGAAAAUUAUUGUAAAUCUCUGUUCUUUUUAGACAUGCUGAUACCCUAAAAUCUUUAAAAAGCCAUUGAUUGUGAUCUUUGAUAGAUAUGUUUAUAAACUAACUGGUUGAUUGUAUAACUUGUAAGAAGAUAGUAUGCAUUUCAAAUAACAUCUCAAAUAAACUUUGUACACUUUUCAAAACUUA